AUGAGCCUCUCCAGAAUGAUGCGAGUGCCCAUGACCGCCGCGCGACUGAGCCGGGCCUCGCCCGCCCUGCGCCAGGCGCGACGGAGCUUCCUCAGUGCGUCGUCGGUGCGUUUGGCCGUCCAGGGCGAUGUGAUCGGCAUCGACUUGGGAACGACCAACUCCUGCGUGGCCAUCAUGGAAGGUAGCACGCCCAAGGUGAUUGAGAACGCCGAGGGUAUGAGAACAACUCCCUCCUUCGUAGGCUUCACCUCCGACAAUCAGCGGUUAGUGGGCAUUCCGGCCAAGCGUCAGGCCGUGACCAACGCAGAGAACACCGUUUUUGCCGCCAAGCGAUUGAUUGGUCGCUCCUACGAUGACGAGGCCACACAGAAGGACAAGAAGGUCCUUCCCUACAAGGUGGUGAGAGCUCCCAAUGGUGAUGCCUGGAUCGAGGCGGGCGGCGAGAAGUACGCGCCCAGCCAGAUCGGCGCCUUCGUGCUCACCAAGAUGAAGGAAACCGCUGAAGCUUACCUGGGCCGAAACGUUGGGAGCGCCGUGAUCACGGUGCCUGCCUACUUCAACGAUGCCCAGCGACAGGCCACCAAGGACGCGGGCAAGAUUGCCGGCCUGGACGUGGCGCGGAUCAUCAACGAGCCGACGGCCGCCGCCUUGGCCUUCGGCAUGGACAAGGGCGGGGAUGGACAAAUCCUGGCGGUCUAUGACCUGGGCGGUGGAACCUUCGACAUUUCCAUCCUGGAGAUCUCCGGCGGUGUCUUCGAAGUGAAGGCCACCAACGGCGACACGAGUUUGGGUGGGGAGGAUUUCGACCAUGCCAUCGUGAAGUUCCUGGUGGACGAGUUCAAGAAGUCUCAAGGCAUCGACCUCGGUCAAGACAAGUUGGCGCUGCAGCGUCUUCGUGAAGCUGCGGAAGUCGCCAAGGUGGAGCUCUCGUCCAAGGUGCAGACCGAUGUGAACCUGCCUUUCAUCACAGCGGACCAGAGUGGUCCGAAGCACAUGAACAUCCAGAUGACCCGAUCGAAGUUGGAGCAGAUCGUGGAUUCCUAUUUGCAGCGCACCAAGGCUCCCUGCCAGGCCUGCAACAAGGAUGCUGGAGUGGAGCCUAAGGAGAUCAAUGAGGUGCUCCUGGUGGGUGGCAUGACCCGCAUGCCCAAGGUGAUGGAGAUUGUUCAGGACAUCUAUCAGAAGGAGCCCUCCAAGGCGGUGAACCCCGACGAAGCGGUCGCCAUGGGCGCCGCCAUCCAGGCCGGCGUCCUCAAGGGCGACGUCAAGGACAUCCUCUUGCUGGACGUGACGCCCCUGUCCUUGGGCAUUGAGACCUUGGGCGGCGUCUUCACGCGCCUCAUUAGCCGCAACACCACGAUCCCCACCAAGAAGUCCCAGGUCUUCUCCACUGCGGCGGACAACCAGACCCAGGUGGGCAUCAAAGUCUUCCAGGGUGAGCGAGAGAUGGCCGCCGACAACCAGAUGCUGGGGCAGUUUGACCUGGUAGGCAUUCCCCCGGCCCCUCGCGGAGUGCCACAGAUUGAGGUGACCUUCGACAUCGAUGCCAACGGCAUCGUGAACGUCAGCGCUUCCGACAAAGGCACAGGCAAGAAGCAGGCCAUCACCAUCCGCUCCAGCGGCGGCUUGUCCGACGCGGAGAUCGACCGCAUGGUCAACGAGGCGGAGAGCAUGCGGGAGUCUGACCAGCGGAAGAAGGACACCGUGCAGGCCAAGAAUGACGGAGAGAACCUGGCGUAUCAGGUGGAGAAGCAACUCACCGAGCUCAAGGACAAGAUGUCCACGGCGGACGCCGACGAGCUGAAGAACCUCCUCACCGAGCUCAGGACGGCCUUGGCCGCUGAGGAGGGCGAUCUUGAUGCCAUCAAGGACAAGACGAAGGCCUUGCAGGAGAAGUCCUGGAAGGUGACUCAGCAGGCCUAUCAGCAAGGAGCCUCCAGCGAAGGCGAGAGCUCGGAGCAGAAGACGGAGGACUCGGAGAAGGAGAAGGAGAAGGAGGAGAAAGAGAAGAAGUCCGUCCCCGUGAGCCGCGACGGGAAGGACCGGGCGGAGGGGACGGCGGAGCGGUUGAGGGGUCGGGCACAUGAUGGCACGGCUGUGCCACAGCAAGACCCCGAAGCCUUCCUCUUGGAGCUGGGUGCCAUCGCAGCACUUGCGCGGCUGCUGACCUUCGCGCCAGGCCGCCUGAGGCCGCAUGCAGCUUUGCCGGAGACCUUUGCCUCCUUAGCGCCCUCCGUCGCCCUCGAAGCCUCCGCGGCCAAGCGCUGCGGCGCAGUGGCGGUGGUGGCGCUGCUGCAGCUCGGAGGGGGAUCCGCAGCUGGGCCGCGGCCUGGCGCAGCACUUGCCCGGCGCCGACCUGGCGGCCGCCUUGGUGUCCUUGGAGCAUCACGAGCGCUUCGCGGCGGUGAGGGGGUUGGAGGUCUUGGCCAAGGGCGGUGA